CAGUUUCGGCCCUCCUGCCGCAUGCCACAGUUAGUAUCGCAUCAGACGCGACCGACGUUACAUAGGCACGUCUGCUACUGCGCUACGUUUGUUGUUGUUACAUACGUGCCGUGCGAUCGGCCGAUUCCCCAUCGAACUCCCACGUGCUCCUCGCGCCGCGCGCGCCAACUCUUCCGACCCCGAUCGGACUACAGCCACUAGGCGCAACAAGAACAAAUACACGCAUAGACUGUUGUUAUUGUUGAUGUGUUUUGUACUGUUUUGUUGUUGAUGUUGUAACUGUUUACCACCACCGUCUUCGACACCUCCUCCCCGAAAGUUCUUACGCGUUCUCAUCUUAGUACUGAUGUUGUGCGGGUUGUGAAGUUCACCUUUUUGUUUUUCUUGGAUUUUAAGGACCUCAGAAUGCAGCACGUGUCGGGAUCACCGCAGCAGUUCUGCCUGCGCUGGAACAACUACCAGAGUAACCUGACCAACGUCUUCGAUCAGCUCCUGCAGAGUGAGUCCUUCGUCGACGUGACUUUGGCGUGCGAUGGCCACUCCGUCAAGGCCCACAAGAUGGUCCUGUCGGCGUGCAGCCCGUAUUUCCAAUCCCUCUUCUUCGAAAACCCCUGUCAGCAUCCCAUUGUUAUAAUGAGGGACAUCAAAUGGCCAGAGCUGAAGGCUGCCGUCGAGUUUAUGUACAAAGGUGAAAUCAAUGUCUCCCAAGAGCAAAUUGGCCCUCUGCUGAAGGUCGCUGAAUCCCUGAAGAUCCGUGGUCUGGCCGACGUUAACGGCGAGCAGGACGUCGUUGGUGCCGCCGGUGAGAUCACCAGGACCACGGCGAAGCCAACCACGAACCCAGAAUGGGAAAGCAGGGAACCUGCCCAAGUGGAUAACAAUAACCAGCAGCAGCAAACACCGCAGCACAGCAGGGCCAAGAAACGGCGUCGUCCCUCUGGAGAGAGGAGCAGCCUCAGCAGUCCAGCAGAAAGCGCGAGCACAGAGAUGCCAGACCCUCCACCGUCCGUGGAGAUGUCUCCCGCGACUUCCGCGACACCGCUUCCGGUUUCCGGUUCCACGGAACCGCUGCCCCUCACCAUGUCAGCUCUUCCGCCGCAGCCCCAGAUCUCCCAUGCCACUGAUGAUCUCGAGAUCAAGCCAGGCAUCGCAGAGAUGAUCCGUGAAGAAGAAAGGGCCAAGCUACUAGAAUCGUCUCAGGCUUGGCUCGGUGCAGCCUCGACCUCGUCUAUUGCCGCAGACAGCUAUCAGUACCAACUGCAGUCGAUGUGGCAGAAAUGCUGGAACACGAACCAGAGCCUCGUUCACAAUUUGCGCUUCCGGGAGCGGGGACCGUUGAAGUCCUGGCGACCGGAAACGAUGGCCGAGGCCAUUUUCUCCGUCUUGAAAGAGGGAUUGUCUUUGUCGCAGGCCGCGAGGAAAUACGACAUCCCCUAUCCGACUUUUGUCCUGUACGCAAACAGAGUACACAAUAUGCUGGGCCCUUCGGCUGACGGAGGUUCGGACUUGAGGCCUAAAGGACGUGGCAGACCGCAAAGGAUCCUGCUCGGCGUCUGGCCGGAUGAGCACAUCAGAGGCGUUAUCCGUGCGGUCGUUUUCCGAGACUCUCAUCAAAUUAAGGAGGAACCCCAUAUAGGAUAUCCCAGAUUACACGAUGGAGUGACAAUACAGAGCUACCAGGGAAACUCAUGCAGCAAUGGAUCUGACCCAAACGUAUCCCCAGGAGCGGCGGCAGCAGCAGCUGUAGCCGCCGUGGCCCAUGGUCUUAGACAGCAGAUGUGCAGCAUGGUAGCAGCAGCACAACAUGCGAGCACCGCUCACGAUACAAACCCUGUAGCCAGUCUCGUGAACUCGUUGGCUUUGGCAGGUCACUGUGGAUCGGUGACGAUGCCCAGCAACGGUGUUCCUCCGAUGAGUAUAAACCAAAUGACUUCGAUGAGCCACAUGACCUCGAUGAGGAUGGCCAGCCCUGCUGGUAGCAUACAAGACCUAAGAAUAAGCCCAGCAGGAUCCGGACUGGAGAGUCCCAUCUCAUCGCCGCUGGGCCUUACCGUCUCCAGCACAAUGGAUAGCGCCCUCAACCUGGGCAUGGGCAACAACAUGGACGUGGGCAUCGGCGUCUCCGGGAUGACAUACAAACCGGCCCGUUCGUCGUUCACCUCUCCAAGGCCCGAGAAUCUCUUCCAAGAGGACAUAGAUGAGCUGGUAAAGCCCAUCCACUCGAAUGCGCCUCGCUCCAAAGACUCGAUCGCUUCCAUCAAAAUGGAACCAAUGGCGGAAUGUCGAGGCGAAUGAACACGGGCGGUGUUAAAAUGUAAUGUGAUAAAUUAUUAUUAGUUAUAUGCAACCUCUCGACUAAAAACAAAAGAAAAAAAAUAAUUACUCACAAACACAAACCAAAAAAAAAAAAGGUUGAAGUUUAGAAUUCUUUCGAAUACAAAAUUAAAUAGAAGCGAGCAACAAAUGCCACAAAUCCAACCCCCAUCAAAGGCGUGAACAAAAAAAAAGAGAAAUCCCCCCCUAAAAAAUAUAACUAUAUUUAUAUACCUAAACACAAAA